AUGCUUUCCAUACAGCAGAGAUACAAUAUCUGUCUAAUGGCAGAGAGACACCCAAAAUGGACUCAGCUCGAAUUGGCAAAAUGGGCUUAUGAGACAUUUCAACUACCAAAAAUUCCAUCCCAGGGUACUAUAUCGCGGUUGUUAGCUAGAAAGUCAACGUACAUGAAUUGCAAGGAACACGAAAAGGAUGCUAAUAGAUUAAGAAAACCAAACAAUCUUUUGGUUCGAAAGAUUUUACAAGAGUGGAUUUCUCAAAGUCUGUGGAAUGGGAUUCCUAUUACCUCCCCAAUCAUUCAAGACACUGCUCAAGCAGUUUGGCACAGAAUUCCUGCGGAACAUCGAGAGGGAAAUGGUUCAUUCAGUUAUAAGUGGAUUUCGAAUUUUCUAUCAAAAAUGGAUGUCAAUAUAUCUGUCUUGGAUGAGGAAUUACCCAAGACUCCUAAAGUAUGGACAUUUGAAGAAAGAGAGAUAUUGAAAGCCUACUUCGCCAAAAUUCCGCCAAAAGAUUUAUUUACUUUGGAUGAAGCGUUCCUUUCUUACAAUUUACCAUUAGAUUACGCGCAAUACGAAGCAAGUAGCAUUCAAAGACGUAUAGAGGUUGCAACCGUAAUGCUGUGUUCUAAUUUAGAUGGCUCUGAGAAAUUAAAACCUGUCGUUGUUGGAAAAUAUGAUAGUUAUAAGUCAUUCCGAAAUUAUUUUCCUAACGAACCGAAAGAUCCUGUUUCGCAAUCAAUGUUAGGUACUAAGAUGGCCAAAAAAUUUGAUAUCUCUUAUCACAGUAACAGAAAAGCGUGGCUAACCAGCAAUCUCUUUCAUAAUUGGUUAGUCAGAUGGGACAAGAGAUUGGUGGCUGUGAAUAGAAAGAUUUGGAUUGUCUUGGAUGAUUCAUGCUGUCAUAGGAUAAUUAACUUGCGUUUGCAAAACAUAAAACUGGUAUACACUUCGUCCAAUUCAAAGUUCUUGCCAUUCAACUGGGGUGUUUGGGACGAAUUCAAAACGAGGUAUAGAAUCCAACAGUACCAGGCGCUUAUUGACCUGCAGAAUAGAAUUUCCAAAAAUACUCAAAAUAAAAAUAAAUCUGGACAAAACGAAUGUUUGCCGAAUGGUAAAAAAAGUCUCAUAAGCUUUGAGCAGAGUCAGUUGACAAUGUCGAAUGCUUUUAAGUUUAUCAAGAAAGCCUGGGACGAUAUACCAGUCGAUGCUAUUAAGGCCAACUGGAAAAGCUCUGGGCUGUUGCCUCCUCAGAUGAUUCAUCUAAAUGAAAAUGUCAGUAUGGCAUUUAAGAAAAACGAAGUAUUAGAGAGCGUGUUGAAUAGCCUCUGUGAUGAAUAUUAUUGCGUUAAGAAAUGGGAAUAUGAAAUGUUAUUGGAUUUGAACAUUGAAAACAAAAAUACAAAUUUCCUAAGCACUGAAGAAUUAGUGGAGAGUGCUAUUGUCGAUCUUUGUGAACCUGAUUUUGAUUCUGCAUCUAAAGUAACUGAAGUUCAUGAUGAUAAUUUUGAUUUAUCCGUUUUUGCCAAUGAAGACGAUAACAACCACAGCCAGCUAAGUAUGUCUAAUGCCAACCACAGCGACGAGAACCAUAGCAACAACAAUCAUAAUAAUAAUAGUAACAACCAUAAUAAUAACAGUGACAAUUCCAAUAAUAACAAUAACAAUAGCGCGAAAUAUUUGCAACAAAGUACCAUUGACAAUACUAAUAAAAAUGAGGAUACUGGACAGCCGAAUGGUUCUAACAUGGAUUCACAAAGAAAUCCUUCAACCACAGACUUGGUGGUUGACGGCAGCUAUGACGUCAAUUUCAAUGGUCUUUUAAACGAUCCUUAUAAUGCUAUGAGGCAACCAGGCCCACUAGAUUACAACGUUAGUACACUGAUUGAUAAGCCGAACUUGUUUUUAAGUCCCGACUUGGAUUUAUCUACGGUCGGCGUGGAUAUGCAACUACCAUCAUCAGAGUACUUUAGUGAAGUUUUUUCUUCAACCAUUCGAAAUAACGACAAAAACAUCACACACCAGAGUAAAUCAGUCAAUGAAGCUGCUUCAAGCACAGCAAUGCCGCCUUCAAACUCAAUAACAACGGCGCUUUUGGAAUCAAGAAACCAUGCGCAGCCCUUUGAUGUUCCACAUAUGACUGAGUUGCUGAGCGAUACAUCGAAGGGUGGACCUCCUGUGGCCUCCCCAAACGUUGUGUCUCAAAAUUCAUUAAACAGCUUUCAACGUCAUCCAUCAUCCGUUGCAGACGUUUCCUCUCCUUCGAUUACACCUUCCCCUGUGACUAUAAACUCCACAGGAGCACCAACAAGAUCUAUGACGACAGUACCGAUAGGAUCAGCAGCAUCCUCUGCUUCAUCGCCAUCUGGCUUAGGUCAUCUUGAAAGUGCCAUUUCUGGCAUGUCACCCUCUUCAACCACCAUAUUAAGUAACUUACAGACAAACAUAAACAUUGCCAAAUCACUGAGUACCAUUAUGAAACACGCAGAAUCAAACGAAAUAUCAUUAACGAAAGCGACAAUAAAUGAACUGAAUUUCAAUUAUAUGACGCUUUUAAAACGAAUUAAAAAAACAAAGAAACAAUUAAAUACUAAGAACAUUAAAAUAAACAGUAACAAAAAUGCGCAAGACCAUUUAGAGACCCUUUUAUCAGGGGCAGCUGCAGCAGCUGCAACAUCAGCUAAUAAUUUGGAACUUCCGUCAGGCGGUUCAACCCUUCCAGACUCUAGUAACUUACAUUUACCUGACGAUACAGGUUUCUUUUAG